AUGGUUAAAAUUAAAAGUGCUAAUCAGUUUUGCUUAUUUAUUACAGCACCAGCCCAUACAUCAUACUCCAGUCUGGCUACCUCAGCUCUCCUGCGCUUCCAACAACAGCAAAAAUCGAAUGCAACACAUUCACAAAUGUUUGGCGUCCCGCCUGGUUUACUCCAAAAUUUAGGUGGUACUAUUAAUACCGCCGGUAAUCUUGGCCUCAAGUCGUUCCCUAACGCUUCAUUGAGUGCACAACGCUUCGCACCACCCACAUUGACGGCACGGUUUACUGGGUUAAAAACACAUGCACAUCAACUAAUGGAUAUUCCCAUGAGUACCGCCAGCCUGAUUAACCAUCAUCGGCAGCAGCAUCCUCACCAUGUGGCGCAAAAUAUUAGUAUGUCAUCAAAUAAUGCAGCAGGUAACACCACACCCACACAAUUACAACUAACGACCGCGAGUGGUAGCAACAUCAGUAUGAACAACAAUAAUGCCACUAGCGGUAGUGGAGGCAAUGGAAAGCGAAAACGCUCCUGGUCGCGUGCUGUUUUUAGUAAUUUGCAACGAAAAGGACUUGAAAUACAAUUCCAACAGCAGAAAUAUAUCACUAAACCCGAUCGCCGGAAGCUGGCAGCGCGACUUAACCUGACUGAUGCGCAGGUGAAAGUUUGGUUCCAAAAUCGUCGCAUGAAAUGGCGACAUACGCGAGAAAAUCUGAAAUGUGGUCAAGAAAAGCAAAUUGCUUCGCCAGCAAACAGUGGGGCAAGUAAUGCAAGCGCCUCGUCGAUUGCCCAGCAGGAGGAUAGCAUGCGAGCUACAAACGACGGAAAGCACUUGCCGGAUGGCUUUUCCAGCGACGAUUCGUCAUGUGGUGAAAUGAGUGAGAAUGAAGAUGAAAUCGAUGUGGUGCAAUGA